AUGACUGUGAGAAGAGCUUCCACCUUUGCUGUGGUUAUACCACUAGUUCUGUCCCUGGCAGGCUUCGUGCUGGCCAUGUUGGCGCUGUUCGCUGGGACUGGAUCUCAACAACAAGUUAUGGAAGACUACCAUAUCAUCGCGGUCAACAUGUCCGACUUCGGCCACGAUCUGAUCGCAUCAGCAGCAACCACUUCCACAGCCCCCGAACCGACAAAGACGGACGACGGUGGCUUCUGGAGCAGUAUUGAGAGUGGUAUAAGUGAUAUUGGACAAGAUGUAAAGAACGACCUGACGGACAUCGCAAAUAAUAUUGCAAACGACGUUGCCGACAAGCUUGCGGACGCGAUUGGCAUCUCUGAGUGGUAUAGCUUGCAUAUCAUGACUGCCUGCGAAGGUGUCUUCUCGCCGAAUGCGACGAACCCAGGCGCAUGGUUCAAUACCACCAACUGCACUGCGCAGGAAGCUGGGUUGCACUUCAACCUGACUGAGCUCAUUAAUGGUGAACUGCAGGCCGGUCCCCUACACUUGAGUGCCGCCGAUUUAAGAUUCCCGCAAAAAGUACAAGAUGCGGUCGACCUGAUCAACGAUACGCUCCUCGCCGUCUUCCUCUUCUACGUGCUUGGAAGCGCAUUCACUGGCCUAUCCUUCCUCGUCUGCAUCGUCCUGCUCACCUUGCGCCCCGACAUGUCGAGGCUCGUGAUCCUGGCCAACUUGGCCAUUUCAAUCCUUGCCGCCUUGACACUAGCCAUCGGAAGCGCCAUGACGACCGCUGUCGCGAAGAAAGGUGUUUCCAAGAUCAACGACGCAGGCGAGGACGUGGGGAUAUCCGCUGUCGAGGGGACAAAGUUCAUAACCAUCUCGUGGGUUGCCUUUGCGGUUAUGUUUGCGUCCUGCCUGUUCUGGACAGCGACGUGCUUUCUACCGCGCAAGUCGAAAAACUAUGGUGGAGAGAAGGGGCCGCGCACUAGCGCAGACAGUGGUCGGCCAUUCUUGGCCAUGUUCAGGCGACGACACUGA